AUGGGCCGGCCAAUUGAAGGCCGGGCAGCUCUUCUGGUCUACAUUCUCGUGAUAACGCUGCUCAUUCUUUCGAUUGUGAACUUCUGCUUCACGUUGUUAAUUUUCGGAGUGCUACGAGUUGGGCCAUCCGGCAUGAGCGGACUCGAGUUUUUACCCGACGAGAACCUCAUGUGGUUUCUUCAACGCACCGAUAUUCAAUCGAUUGUUGCUCACAGAUCGAAAAUCAGCUCUUUCAAAGGACAGGACCUCAACAUCGUUGGCGAGAACAGCGAUGUCGUCCUGAACGCCGGGGCUGAACUCCGAGUCGGACCGCGCGCGACUCGAGUAAGUCGAGUCGAGGAAAUGCGUGUCGUGAGUCCGAAAACGGGGAAAACCGUGUUUUCGACAGACUUUAAAAAUUUCAAAAUUCCCAAAGGAGUUCCUAAUCUCAGUGUGAGCGAGGCACACGUCAAGAAAAUCAGGAGUCCGUUCAACGAGUCGCUGCUGAUCACUUCUGAGAAACAAGUCUACCUCAAGGGAAAUGCCGGCGUGCACAUCAAGUCGAAGAACAUCUCUGUCCGAGCUGCUCAAGACAUCCAUUUGAAAAGUGUUCACGGUAAAGUCGUCCUGGACGCCAAGCAAAUCAUAUUCAACAUAGCGGAUAUGCAAUCCCCCGAACCGGGCCCUCCUCAGUACCGAUUGUGUGUUUGCGGCUCGAACGGCCGCGUGUUUCGGGUUGCCGUCAGAGAGCAAGGAUACACUUGCAACCACGUUCGUUUCCCAAUCAGUGAGAACCCGUGCACGUAG